AAGGCCAAAAUUGAUUUUCAUUUUGACUAAUCAAAGGUAAUUGCUUAUCACUCACCAAUCACCAUCAAGAUAAGAAGAAGGUCACUCAUUAUUAUCAAUGCAUAGUGCAACAAACAGUAACAUUGGAUAGAGAUAAUAAAAACCUCAUUGAAGAAAGUUUAGAAGAAUAAUUGGAUGAGUAUGGAAAACUACAAUGAUUCUUCUGAGUGGCAGCAUUUGAGCACAAACUGGUCUCAAUACAGUAAUGAUCAUUCACAAUUUCCUGUGACUGUACCUACACAGAUAUUACCUCAUAAUAUCUCUGACUCUUCUUCUGGUUCUUUUCAAUAUAGUGAAUUUCAGUCAUGGAAUUUACCUAUUGAAGGUAGUGUUGAAGAUAGAGCAGCAAGUGCUUCCAAGAGUCAUAGUCAAGCAGAGAAAAGACGUAGAGACAGGAUUAAUACACAGCUUGCUAAUCUUAGAAAACUUAUUCCCAAGUCUGAUAAGAUGGACAAAGCAGCAUUACUAGGGAGUGUGAUAGAUCAAGUCAAAGAUCUAAAGCGAAAAGCAAUGGAUGUUAGCAGAGUCAUUACAGUUCCAACUGAAAUUGAUGAAGUAUCAAUAGACUAUAACCAUGUUGUUGAAGAUGAAACCAACACUAACAAAGUGAACAAAUUCAAAGACAACAUCAUCAUCAAAGCUUCUGUUUGUUGCGACGAUCGACCAGAAUUGUUCUCUGAACUAAUCCAAGUCCUCAAAAGUUUAAGACUUACAACAGUUAAAGCUGAUAUAGCAAGUGUUGGUGGCAGAAUCAAAAGUAUAUUGGUGCUUUGUUCUAAGGACAGUGAAGAAAAUGUUUGCAUUAAUACUCUCAAACAGUCCCUUAAAUCAGCAGUGACCAAAAUUGCUUCAUCAUCAAUGGUAUCUAAUUGUCCUACAAGAAGUAAGAGGCAGAGAUUCUUUUUGCCUUCUCAUUUUGUAUAGUAAUUUGAUUGAUGCAAAAAUGUUAUUAUCUAUUCACUCCUUUUUUUUUUUUUUAAUUAGGAGGGUCAUUUAUUUUUGUGGGGGCAAUUAUUUGCUUCAUUUUUCAAUAUUUAUUUAUUGUAUACCUCUAAGAUAUAUAGUUUGUCCAUUAGGGAGAUGAAAUAUUGAUUUUGUACCACCAAUUAAGGUAAAAGCAAAGUUAAAGUGGGAAAUUGAAAGCUAGGCAAAGCAUAUGCAUAAAGUAAAGUAAUCAGGUGUGUGAUUAAUUGCUGCUUCCAAAUGGAAAAAGUACAGACUUUGAUUUUAUAUCUUAA